UAACCCGGCAAAUGAAAACCUGUAACGUAGAUAAGAUGUCAAUGGAGCGAGAUAGAACAGUUUGAGAAAGCAAGAAGAAGAAUUCAAGGUUCAAUUUAUCUCACCGCCUCAAUCAUGGGAUUAGCUUCUGUGGUUCACAAUGGUUGCAGGUUACCAAUCAAAUUCGAUUCAAUCUUAGCAAACCCACCACGUCGAGCUCCAGACUGGGUAAAGGUUCAGUUUUCUUUUGGUCGUGUUGUUCCUUCUUAUACAGUUUGCUUGCUGCAUCGUCAGCUUCGUUGCAGACCUCUUGCCUGCUCCAGAGAAACCGAACUUGACGAAGGCUUGUCAAACACAGGAGAAACAAAUCCCAGAUCUCAGCCAGAUAAUAGAAUUAAAAACAUUGAUUCUUCUCAGAGUACUCACAAGCAAGAUCUAGUGGAAAAACAGGACAAUCCUAAUCAUUUUACAUCUUCUGCCAAAACUGUUGCAUUUUGGGUGGGCGCAGCAGUUGUGUUUGGGAUCGGUGUGGGUGCAAAAGAGGGAGUUGGCAAGGCGUCUGAGUUUUUUGCUGGAUACUUAUUGGAACAGAGCUUGUCCGUAGACAAUCUAUUUCUCUUCGUGUUGAUAUUCAAAUACUUCAAAGUACCGCUUAUGUAUCAGAAUCGGGUGCUCUCAUAUGGUAUUGCUGGUGCUGUAGUAUUUCGUUUAUCUUUGAUACUUCUUGGAACCGCCACCCUUCAGAGGUUCGAGGCAGUCAAUCUCUUCCUGGCUGCAAUACUUUUGUAUUCAUCAUUCAAGCUAUUUUCCAGUGAAGGAGAUGAUGGUGAUGAUCUAUCUGACAACUUUAUAGUGAAGACAUGUCAGAGGUUUAUUCCUAUCACUACAACUUAUGAUGGAGAUCGAUUCUUAACAGUUCAAGAUGGCCUAUUGAAAGCUACACCCUUAUUACUGACUCUGGCUGUUAUCGAGCUCAGUGACAUUGCAUUUGCUGUCGACUCUAUACCUGCUGUUUUUGGUGUCACACGAGACCCUUUCAUAGUUUUCUCAUCCAAUAUUUUUGCCAUCUUAGGUUUAAGGUCUCUUUUCACUCUUAUUUCAGAGGGCAUGUCUGACUUAGAGUAUCUGCAGCCUUCUAUAGCUCUUGUUCUCGGCUUUAUUGGGUCGAAGAUGAUCUUGGAUUUUUUUGGUUAUCAUGUAUCAACCGAGGCAUCGCUUUGUUUGGUAGCUACGACGCUUGGUGGUGGAGUUCUGUUGAGCUUAAUGAAAAAAUCUGAAUAAAAUGAAGAGCCUCCAAAAAGAAAAAAUGAAUAUGUUGGUUAGCAACUCAUUUGAUGAUGUCUUAGAAAGUUGUGAACCUUCCUAAUCAAUUGUGUAUUGUAUUUUGCAAGCCAUGGUUUUAAUAAAUAUUUGUCAAAGUAAA